AUGCUACAAACAAAGCACAUCACACAAGUGUUAAAAAGGAAAGUCAGAGGUGAUACUUACCUGUUGUUAUUCUGCCACUUUUCCCCUCCCACGUCGCUGUCCACCCACCACAUUGAUAUCCCAGGUCAUCUGCAUGCCUUCCAACGACAAGAAUUCUCUUUGCAUUUCGGUCCAGAGGAAGAAAUGGUUUCCCCGGAUGCUUCCCGUUCUUUAAUAAAACCAAGGAUUUGCGAACUGCCUCGCGUGCUAGUUUCUUAUGCAUCUGAAAGAAUAAUUUCAAAUAAGAGUCUUCUUCAUGUCAACUCGAAUAUUAAGCUUGACGGAGAGCAUGACUUCAAAGAACUAUACAAUGGUCUUGAACCAGUUAAAUCAGAAUACAGACAUUUAGCAUUGUGUAUGGAGUUCACCUCACAACUAACUACACCCAAUAAAGAUCCAUCACUCAAGGGAUGUUCAAAGAGGCCAGAUGCAAAUUUAACUCUCAGGAUUCUUUCAACUGCAUCAUCUAUUCUGCUGACUGAUGUCAGUAAGAAGAAAACGGCAAUCGUGCAACUUAGUGCCGUUCCAGCUAGAAUAGGAUGCCAUGAUAGUAGAUACGCCCAGAGAAAUGCAGUCAACAAAAGGAGCCAUAUGAAUUUUCUCCAGUCGAACAAUGUGAGAAAGAAACAUAUUAAUGCAUGGAAGGGGCAGAAGUCUCUUGGAUAUAACUCAGAGUCCAACAACAUAUUAUUGAAAGAAGAAAGAGCUUGA